AUGCCACCCACGAGCAGCUUCAGCGAAAUACCUACAAUAGACCUCUCCCUCGCCCAAGACCCCGCAACAGAGGCCGACUUACUCAACCACCUACGCCACGCUCUCACCAACGUCGGGUUUCUAUACAUCAUCAACCAUGGAGUCCCCGAAAAGAUAAUUUCCGAUGUCGUCGAUGCACUGCCAAAGUUGUUCGCGCUGCCACAAGAGGCAAAAGCCGAGAUUGCCCUGAGCAAUUCCCCGCACUUUCUGGGAUACAGCGGUGAUGGCGCGGAGACGACGGCGGGGAAGAGCGAUCGGAGAGAACAGGUAGAGUUCGCUACCGAAUUACCCAUAGCCAAAGCACUCUCCCUCCCACCCGAGACCUUCAUCUCCUAUCUUUCAGACCAACACCGCCUGAAACUAGUUCAUUACCCCGGCCUUCCGGAAGACGAAGCAGGCAGCCAAGGCGUGGGCCCGCACAAGGACUCGUCUGGGUGGUGGACCUUCCUUCUCCAAGCCUCACCACCGCAUAUCAAGGGCCUACAAGCUCUUAACAAAACCGGCGAAUGGAUCGACGUACCAGUGCUACCGGGCUCCUUUGUCGUCAACAUUGGCCAAGCGUUUGAGGUGGUGACGAACGGGGUGUGUAAGGCCACGACGCACCGCGUGCUGUCUGAGCAUCUCGAGAGGUUCAGCGUGCCGUUUUUCCAGGGCGUGAGGAGGGAUCUCACCAAGGAGGAGGCUGUGGGAUCUUUGAGAGAGCAUUUUGCGAAGUCGGAGAUUAGGGGAUUGGUGUCAGAGUCUGAGGAGGGGAGGGAGAUUGAUUCGGCGUUCUUGAAGGGAAAGUAUGAGACGUGGGGGGAGAGUCAGUUGAGGACGAAGAUCAGGAGUCAUAGGGAUGUUGGGAGGAAGUUCUACGCAGAUGUGUUUGAGAAACACCUCGCUUCUUGUUUGGUUCCGAUUUACUCCGGCCCUGACACGAGCCUUCACCCAUUCACCGGCUGUGAUUCCAGCCACAGCCGCAUUCUCGUCCGCAUUGUAGCCCAGCCUCUCAAGAACCUUGCUCUGAACCGGUCUCAGCUCGAGACUGUCUUCAGGCCGUACGAAAUACAGGACACCUAG